GUCAACUUUCCUGAACACUUUUAUACCAGAACGACAUAUCAUGUGUAUCCUGAUCAUCCGCUCCUGGCCUUGCGGUCACGAAAGCUGCACUUCGACCGAUCAAUGCAUGACCGCCAUGACUACGCCGGGGAUGACAUCUUUCACUUGCUUCCAUGCCACGAAGCAUCGAACGGAAAGCAAGAGCAAUAACGACGUUCCAUGCCCGCACUGCAUUGCACAGAAUCGCAAACUUUCGCUUGAUCUACUGGCACACGACACCACGAGUAUCCGCAGUGGCAGCGUAGCAAGUCAGUACAGCGCCAAAGAGCGACGAGACAGCACCAGCCCGACUCGAAUGACCACGAGACCAACCUCUUAGAAUCAACGCAGCUCUCCGGUUCGGGUGGUUGCUUCCGAUUUUUCACGACCAGAUUGAGAUGCAUGGAGGAAGAUUGGGCGCGGUACUGAAGAAUGUGGUUAUGAAGCAUCAUAUGCAGCGUCCAAACCUGCAGGUCUUGGAGCAAGAAGCGGGGCGAAAGGUCUUGACUGUACCAUUCCGAAAGCUUUCACGCCGCGGACAUCGCACUCCUUCAACCAUAAGCCAUCGACAAGUCCGCGAUGGCACGGGCAAGACUAUGCGUACCGCAAUGGGCAAUGACCUUGAGCUUGAAGAGAUUCUGCGGUGGCUGCAAGAUGCUCCGAAUGUGCGGUGAAGGGGGUUUUCUGUGCUGUGUGCUGUGUUGGUGUCACGAGUCAGCCGGCCGCAUGCCUGCUCGCGGGGCAAGUUUUGGGCUUGCAUGCAAUAUUAUCAGUGCAAAAUGGGUCCAGAAGUAGCAAGCAAUGUGGCAUGCAUAUGCAACUGUACGAUAUGUUUACGAAUUGAGCAAGUGCAAAGCUGCCCGAGAAGGCUUCAAUAUGUAUGAGAUCUUUG